CUGGAAGUAUCAGGCUGGAGUUCCUCAGCACUGAGGGGCUGAAUCCAAUUGAUGAGCUCUCCUGGGAACACCUUUGGGAAUAACCCUUCCAAGCGAAGGUGCCAGGACAGCGAAUGAGAACGAGGAGGAGAAUCCCCAGCAGGAAGGGUCUGCGGGAACAGAGCUGCCCAGGACGUCUGCCACACAGCGGGGAGGAGCCAGCGAGAGCCCGGGCGGGGCAGGACCACAGCAGGGAGAGCCCCUGGAGGAGAACGAAGCCGCCCCGGGGGAGAAACCCUACCAGGGCACCCAGUGCCACAAACACUUCAGCCGCAGCUCCAACCUGCUCCGUCACCGGCGCUCCCACACGGGUGAAAAGCUGUUUCGCUGCACCGUGUGUGGGAAGGGCUUUACGCAGCGCAGGGAACCUCACGGAGCACAGCCAGAUCCACGCCGGGGAGCACCCCUCCCAGUGCCCCCAGUGCGGGAAGGCCUUUGCCCUGAGCGCCUCCCUGCACCAGCACCGCCGCAGCCACACCAGAGAGCGGCCCUACACGGGCCUAGAGUGGGGGAAGGGCUUUGGGGUGAGCUCUGCGCUCGUGGUUCACCAACGCAUCCACACCUGGGAGCGGCUCUACCUGUGUGAGGAGUGCAGACGCGGCUUCUGCCGCAGCUCCAACCUGGUACGGCACCUGCGCACCCACACCGGGGAGCGGCCCCACAGCUGCACCCAGUGCAGCAAGUGCUUUGGGGAGAGCUCUGCCCUGAUCCAGCACCGGCACACCCAUGCCAGCGAGCGCCCCUACCAGUGCCUUGACUGUGAGCAGGGCUUCAGCCAGGCCUCCCACCAGGCCCAGCACCGGCACACCCACACCGGGGGGUGGAGCUCCAACCUCAUCAAGCACCAGCGGGGGCAUUCGGGGGAGCGGCCCUACAAGUGCCCCCAGUGCGGGAAAGGGUUCAGCCACCCCUCCAACCUGAUCCACCACCAGCGCACCCACGUGGACAUCGAGCCCUUCAAAUGGCCUAACUGUGGGAAGAGCUUCACCCAGCAUGGCUGGGUCCACACCGGCCAGAAGCCCUACCAGUGCCCCCAGUGUGGGAAGGGCUUCAGCCAGAGCUCCCACUACACCUACCACCAGCACAGGACAGCCACACCGUACAGUGGCCCUUCCGCUAUGCCAGCUGUGGGAAGGGCUUUAGCUGCAGCUCCAACCUGAUCCAGCACCAGGGGAUCCACAGUGAGGGGACCCCUGCCAGCCAAUGACAGGGCGGGAGAGGGUGUGGGAAGUUAGGGUGGAAAUCAGCUCAGAGAGGCCCUGCCACAGACCCACCUCGGGGAGAGGGGCUCCGUCGUGAUUCAGCACCAGGGAAUCCCCAUCCAAGAAAGCCCCUGCCAUUGACCCACAGCCUGUGUGGGAAAGAAGCUGGCAUGGUAAGUCAGCCUCGGCCGUCAAGUGAGUUCCCAGUGUGCUGCGGUGGCUGUGAAGGCUGGCCAGGAUCCUGG